UUCAAAGAUCAGGCUGAGAAAAAACCCGGUGACAUCUGGGGCUCUGAAUCCAAAGGUCUCCCCACUCACAUACCUGGGGACACACGCUACUCCGGGAGGUGAUUUUCGACUUAGCCAGGCCCCCAAGGUUGGGCUGCUGUACGGAGAAAGUCUGCCCAGGUCCACAUCCGAGCCUUCAUCGUUUGUCCUCUGGGUUCUGGGGUCCUGCUGGAAGAGGGGAGCUUCUGCAAUGGGAGUUGCCACAGCCCCACCGCCCCCCACCACCUCCAAAACCCUACAGAAGCAGUAUCUAGAAGCAGUGGGCGCCUACCAAUAUGUGCUCACUUUCCUCUUCAUGGGCCCUUUCUUCUCCCUUCUUGUCUUUGUCCUCCUCUUCACAUCACUCUGGACCUUCUCUGUUGUUUACUUGGUGUGGCUCUACAUGGACUGGGACACACCCAACCAAGGUGGAAGGCGUUCGGAGUGGAUAAGGAACCAGGCAAUUUGGAGACAACUAAGGGAUUAUUAUCCUGUCAAGCUGGUGAAAACGGCAGAGCUGCCCCCGGAUCAGAACUACGUGCUAGGUGCCCACCCUCAUGGGAUCAUGUGUACAGGCUUCCUCUGUAAUUUCUCCACCGAGAGCAAUGGCUUCUCCCAGCUCUUCCCAGGGCUCCGGCCCUGGUUAGCCGUGCUGGCUGGCCUCUUCUACCUCCCGGUCUAUCGCGACUACAUCAUGUCUUUUGGACUCUGUCCCGUAAGCCGCCAGAGCCUGGACUUCAUCCUGUCCCAGCCCCAGCUCGGGCAGGCCGUGGUCAUCAUGGUGGGGGGUGCGCACGAGGCCCUGUAUUCAGUCCCCGGGGAGCACUGCCUCACACUCCAGAAGCGCAAAGGCUUCGUGCGCCUGGCGCUGAGGCACGGGGCGUCCCUGGUGCCCGUGUACUCCUUUGGGGAGAAUGACAUCUUUAGACUUAAGGCUUUUGCCACAGGCUCCUGGCAGCAUUGGUGCCAGCUCACCUUCAAGAAGCUCAUGGGCUUCUCUCCUUGCAUCUUCUGGGGUCGCGGCCUCUUCUCAGCUACCUCCUGGGGCCUGCUGCCCUUUGCUGCGCCCAUCACCACUGUGGUGGGCCGCCCCAUCCCGGUCCCCCAGCGCCUCCGCCCCACCGAGGAGGAAGUCAAUCACUAUCAUGCCCUCUACAUGAAGGCCCUGGAGCAGCUCUUUGAGGAGCACAAGGAAAGCUGUGGGGUCCCCGCUUCCACCUGCCUCACCUUCAUCUAGGCCUUAUGCUGAGCCCCUGAGCUUAAGGCACUGAGACCUCCAUCCACUGUGGACUCCAUGCCUCCAAUAAAAGGUAGUUCUGGGCCCAGCGCAGUGCCUCAUGCCUAUAAUCCCAGUACUUUGGGAGGCCGAGGUGGGAGGAUCGCUUGAGCCCAGGAGUUGAAGACCAGCCUGGGCAACAUAGUGAGACUUCAUUUCUACAAA